GGUGCAGGACUUGCUCCUAGGACCAGCCGAGGGAGGGAGCCGCCGGGAGCGCUCGGGUGUCGCCGCCUGUUGCACCAGCGUCCCGUGCCGCCAGCCAUUGUCCCCGUCCCCUGCUGCCGCUGCAGACGAAGCAGCCCCGCUCGCGGGGUCUUUCUCUUGGAUUUUAAUAUCAGAAACUCUCUCUGAAGAGAACUUUACUUAGGAGUUUCAUUUAGGACAAGAUGUAUCCGUCACUUCUGUAUAAUUGAACCAUCUAUGGAAAAGGGAUCUUUGCUGUACUCAUCUGCAUGCCAUUCAGAGGAGUAAAAGGAUCGAUACAUCACUUUCCGCUGUGAUUCUCUUCACUUGACCUGGAGAUCCUGAAAGAAGCUGCUGGAGCUUGCCAAGCUGCUGUAUGCAGUUACAUGUUUGGGUCAUGAAACUUAUUCCACAGCAAGCACCGUUAUAUGGUGACAGUAUUAUUACAGUACAGCUGCCUGAAGAUGUACUUGAAGAUGAUGUAACUUUUUACUUGGUGUUUACUGGCUCCACUGUCCAACACUGCACAAGCACUAGAAAAAUUAAUCCUGGGACAUUGGAAACCAUUGCUCCUGGCCAUGACUGCUGUGAGACAGUGAAGGUGGCACUUUGCGCUUCCAAGGAAGGGCUCCCUGCUCUAGUGCUGGGAGAGGAAAGUUUUCAGUUCAUUCAGGAUGAGGCCUAUGAUGCAGCUCAGUUCCUAGCAACCUGUGCUGGAAACCAGCAAGCACUGAACUUCACAAGAUUCCUAGACCGGUCAAGACUCCCCUCUGGGGAUGUGGAUUUUCUGGAUGAGAAAGUGGCUUUGGCAUUUCGGCAUCUGAAACUGCCAGCAGAAUGGAAUGUAUUGGGAACAGACCAGACACUGAAUGAGAGUAGCCCCCGGGAGACAUUGAUGCAUUUUGCAGUGAGGCUGGGCCUGCUGAGAUUGACAUGGUUUCUGCUACAGCAGCCAGGUGGAAGAGGAGCUCUUUGCAUCCACAACAACGAAGGGGCUACGCCUGUUAGUUUGGCCUUGGAGCGGGGUUAUCAGAAGCUGUAUCAGCUGUUGACAGAAGAGGAAGCUGGUGAACCUGACUCUUGGAGCACUUUGUCCCAUACCGUGCAUUCGGGGGACUACUGUGUGAAACACCACCGUGGCCUGAAUGUUUAUACGCUAACGACUGAAGCCAAGGAAGAAGCAAAGGCCAGCAUGGAGCAUGACAUAGAGCAGCUCCAGAAAUACAUAGCAAGCCACCAGCACGGGAAUGCAACAGAACAGCCGGAGCCUGAGCUGAGCACUUCAGAGGACAACUGCAAUACAGGAACAGAGUUGAAGGGUUAUCCGGCUGCUGCAGCUCCCCCCUCAGAAGAAAUGCCAACAGAAGAAAGCACGUCUGCAUUAGUUAACUUUGAUGCUAAGCAACUCUCAGCCCCAACAUGCCACAAGGAAAGCCAGUGCGACAGUGGUAAUGAUACAUCUGAUGAUUUGUUGAGCCUAACGAGUACAAAGAACCCAGGGUUUUCCUGUGAACGUCAAAAUAGUGCUAUGUUGAGAAAGAAGGAAGAGGAGGGGCCAGCGGCUAUUGUAGACUCUGGGACUGUAUCAGAUAAAAAGGACGGCAGACUGAGCUCCAAUGCUGUAGUAAAUGGUGCUGCUAGCCUCUCAUGCUGUGGAAAUACAAGUGAGGAAACUGGAAUGACAUCCACUGGAGUUAUUUUGAAUCAAGCAAGCCUGUGCUGCAGAGAUAAUACUCAACAGGAAGUGCGAAUAAUUGAAGAGCACACAACUCAAAGUACUGUUGCAGCGGCUGAAACUGCAGGCAAAGCCCCAACACCCUGGGAGGGGGUGGAUGUGGCUAUGGGCCAGACAGAAUGCAAGAACUGUACAGGGAUGGUGGAUGCUUCUUCAGUCCAGCAGCAUGAGGAGAAUGGAGGGGAUGAGACAAGGGGCUCCAAAACCACAUGUCUGAAAGAACCUCCCCCAGUAAGUGGGAAGCUGAUCCAUGCAGUUGUGCCCUUGCUUGGAGAUUUUGGUGACACUGUUUGUGAUGGUGAAGAAUGUGAGGGUGCACAAGGGAUACAGGCGCAGGAUAGUGUAAGUACACAUGUUAACAGUGAUGCUGUUCCUGUUGGCUGUGGGGCGACAAGUGACAGCAAACGGAAUGGAGCAGACUCAAACAGUGAAAUUUCGAAGAUGAGUUUGUCAAAAGAUUUGGUCCAAGAAGAACCCAUUGUAAAGGAGAGGCAGAAUGUGAUUGCCAACACUGAAGAGGAGCUGCUGGUGACUCAAAUAAAAGUUUCAGAGAAUGCACUGAAACAGGAUCCUGUUGGUUUGGAGGUGAAUAACAAUAGUAAGAGUGGCAAGCUGGGAGUGGAAAAUGUAAAUGGAGACAUUGGACUGAAUGAACUGGGUUUGAGCGACAAUAUGCCCAAUGACUCUAAUGCUGAAAUGAAAAACAAGCCCCUGGACAGGCCUGGUCCGAGUGAUGUGGAAUCUAUGAGUUGCCCUGAAAGCAGUAAGACUGUUGCACUUAGCGUUGAAAGUGAAGGUGACAGCCAAGCCCUUAAAAGAAUGCCACAGGAAACUGAAACUAUGGAUGGAGGAAGCAUUGAUUCUGCAGAGGGAGGCCUGGGGUCUGCUGGCAAUUGCCACGCUGAGAACAAAGCUGUUUUAAAAGGUGAGGAAAUGUGUGACAGCUUAAAGCCAGACACUGCUUCAGCUAGCAAAUGUGAGUCUGGGCCACACCUUCCACUUGAUAAAGACUUGUCCUCAGCAGAAAAAGUGCCUCUACAAAACCAAUUAGUGAUAUCAGAAAGCAUUUCAGAGCAGGAGGGGGUUGACAAGCAAAUAAAAUCAUUCUCGUCUUCCUUGUUUAAAGGAAAUGUACAACAAGAAGAGGCAAUCGGUCAGGAGAGAGAUGCAGCAGUGGCACCUCCAGGACAAGUGGUGUCUGUGCAUAGCAAUGAUCCUGUCUUCCCUUCAUGUGCCAUGGGCACAGAGUGUGUACAGGAUAAUUUAAUGGACACACCCUCUGCAAAUCAUAAUAAAGAACCUAAACAAAACCAGGAAGUAGCAGCUGCCACAGCCGCAGAAAGAGCAGUGCUUGCUGAACAGGACAAUUCUGUGCAUGGAAAGGUAACAGCAGAAACUAGUUUGCCUCUAGACAGUGAGGAAAAAGACGGGCAAAGUCCAUCACAGACGGAUGAAGAGAACAAAGCGGAAUCCAGUCAGGAGCUGCGUGAAAGUGGGACACUUGGCAAGGAGAAGGGGUUGUCUGAGGAGCUUGCUGCUGUUGUGAAAUCCUCUGUUUGCUCUCAGGGCGAGGAGACUGCAGUGAAUGACAGUAAUGCAGCUAUUGGGCAGAAAGAGGAAAUCUCCUGCCAGGAAGCAGAUGACAAUGCAGCAGUGGAUGCAGAAGAAGGUAUUGUACCAGGGUCUGAAUCAGAGUACAAAUUGCUGCACACAAAGAAUGAGCCUUCUCCCAACGCAGUGUUGAACCAAGAGCAUGAUCUCAGUGAGGGCAUAGAGGGAGACACCCUGCAAAGCAGAGCACUGGACUUAAAGGAGGUCUUUGCUAUGGAAGCACCUUCUGUUCCCUUUGAGCCUCUAGGUGUAGCUGUGACAUCCACUGUAACAGAUGAUCGAGAAAAGGAGGAGGAAGUGAACAAUGUACUCUCCAGAGCAUCGCUUCAGCCUAUAGCAGAAGAACCCCCCUGUGACAGUGACUCCAGCACUGACACCAUCUGUUUGAUCAGUGAGAGAGAAGCUGGGUCUGAAGUGAAAGAAACCCAGCAAGAGGUCUUGGAUUUGUCCAGCAAAGACCCAGAGGAGCAAAGCAAUCCCAUGCUGGAAGCAUGUUUCUCACAGUCAGUUCUAUGCAAUAUAAAUGCUGCUACUGAGCCUUCAGAGGAUGUGGAGGCAAAGAGCUUGAUUCCAGAAGCUGAUUGCUUGCAGCUGGAUAAUGUUGCCAACAGUCCUGUUGCAUUUGUUUCUAUGUUAGAAACGCCUUCUGUCCCUGAAUCUGCAGUUGAGAAACUAGAGAGUGUACCUGUUGGGGUUCUGCCCACAUCCUCUCCAGAAGCUGGAGUGGUUACGGGAGCCAUCCUUAAUGGAGAAAUGGAUUUAAGUUUGCAGUUUGAACUAAUGAGGAACGGGGAUGCAAGCCCAGAAGCACUAGGAUCUGAGCCCAUUACAGAAAAGUUGGAGAUGAAAACUGAAGAUGAGGUGGAUUUUUUGAAAGACCCCAGCGCGCAUGCAGUUUCCGAAGAAACUAUAAACCGAGAAAGCUGGUGCUCUAUAGAGCCAUGUUCAGAUCCUUCACUGCUGGAGCCGACGCAAGCUCAUGAAUCUAGAGAAUGUGAAAAUUUCCUGGAGGAUGGACUGAGUGGAGACUGUGCCUCAUCACAGAGUGUCCUGAAAGGAGAAACCGGAAGCGAGUCUGAAUUCUUCUCCUUGCCUGGUGAUGGGAUGGAUGACAUCAUCUUUGGAAAGCCUGAAGAGGAACAGUCUACUUGUGAUAUCACCAGUUCCAGCUCAUCGGCAGAUGAUACCAUGUCCUUGGAGAGGAAUUCUUCCCUUGGAAGUGACAUAUCCCUUCCACAGGCUCUAAACUUCAACAGGCCUAAGGAGAGGCAUACUCUGGAUGGAAGUUGCAUUAACAUGGCAGCUGGAGGGGGACAGGAGAGUGAACUUGGUGGUUCAUGUGAGAUGGAAGAAGAGAUGGACAGUAUUACAGAAGUGCCUCCCCACUCCUCUGUCUUAAGAAACUCCAUGCGACCACUGUCACCCUUCCGACGGCACAGCUGGGGGCCAGGAAAGAAUGCUGCCAACGAGGCAGAAAUGAAUCACAGAAGUUCAAUGCGAGUUCUGGGGGAUGGUAUAAGGAAGCCUCCCAUUCAUAGGAGAAGUUUGAGCUGGUGUCCCUCUGGCGUACAGUACAUUACCAUGGGCGCUGACUUUAAUUGUAGAAGUUACAGCCUAGAAGGCCUAGCAGGAGACUCCAAUGAUAACAAGAAGCCCUCCUCAAAUUUAGAGACUUCCUCUUUGAGUUGCAAAGACCUUAGGCCAAGUCCACUUGCUAGUGAUGACCGUGGCUCCUUGGUCUCGCUCACUGAAGAAGAAGUCGAAUCUGAGCAGGGGGAAAGCAGAGGGUUUGACCGUCAGAUACGCCAAAGAUCGCAGCCACAUGGAUUUAGUUUCUGUGCUUCUCCCACUUCCUCACCGCUGACCAAAUCCAUUUCGCUAAUGACAAUCAUUCAGCCAGGACUGGACACCCAGAGACGGACUCGACCAUCCAGACGAAUCUCCUUCUCCUUCAACAUCUCUCCGCUCAUUCCUAAGUCUAAAACUCUCUUUUCUAUUGGCUCUUCUUCCAGUGAUGAGGAGGAGGAGUUGAAUAGCACACGAUUGUUCAACAGCACCAGUAGCUCAUUGUCUCAGAGUGUGUCUGAAGAGAGUGGCAAUGUUCUGCCUCCCAGCCCCUCCAGGAAAGAUUUAGAAGGGAAAAGUGGAACAAAAGUCAGUCGCACCUUCAGCUACCUCAGGAAUAAAAUGUCCAGCAGCAAGAAGAGCAAAGAAAAAGAGAAAGAUAAGGAGAAGACUAAAGAGAAAGACAAAGAUUCCAAGGAGAAGGAAAAAGACAAGAAGAUGUUAAAUGGACAUCUCUUCAGCCCAACCCCUACUGUAGGUCCAAUCAGCUGUUACCAUUGUAUGAAACCUUUCAACAAGGAUUCACACCUCUGUGCAAACUGCAAUGCAAUUGUUCACAAAGGCUGUAAGGAGAGUCUGGCAUCCUGUGCAAAAGUCAAAAUGAAGCAACAAAAAGGAAUGCUUCAGGCACACGAUACCUCUUCAUUACCCACAGUAAUUAUGAGAAGCAAGACCUCACAACCUAAGGAGCGCCCCCGGUCUGCAAUACUUGCCCCUGAUGAAAGCACCAUAACCUCAGUGCUCAAUCACAGGAGAUCACAGCAGAGCACAACACUUUCAAAAAGUGUCUCAAUACAGAACAUUGCAGGAGUUGUCGAUGAAAAUAUAAUACAUACUUGGAAAUUCCUCUCACAGUCAACUGACUCUUUACAUAAAAUCAGCCGGGUGAAUGAAUCCACGGAGUCGCUAACUGAUGAGGGUGCAGAUAUGAAUGAAGGACAGCUCAUGGGGGACUUUGAGAUGGACUCCAAGCAGCUGGAGGCAGAAUCCUGGAGUCAAGUAGUAGACAGCAAGUUUUUGCAGCAGCAAAAGGAAAAUGUUGUCAAACGGCAGGAUGUCCUAUAUGAGUUGAUGCAGACAGAAAUGCAUCACGUCCGCACUCUGAAGAUCAUGAGUGAUGUAUACAGCAGGGGGAUGAUGCAGGAACUGCAGUUCGAACAGCAAAUGGUGGAAAAGGUCUUUCCUUGCCUGGAUGACUUGCUGAACAUCCACAGCCAGUUCUACCAGCGGAUUCUGGAGAGGAAGAAAGAGUCCCUGGUGAACAAGAGUGAGAAGAACUUUGUUAUCAGACGGAUAGGAGACAUCUUGGUGAAUCAGUUUUCCGGUGAGAACGGGGAGCGAAUGAAGAAAACUUACGGCAAAUUCUGUGGGCACCACAACGAGGCUGUAAAUUAUUUCAAAGACCUGCAGUCAAAAGAGAAGCGGUUUCAGGCAUUCAUCAAGAAAAAAAUGAGCAGUGCAGUGGUGAGGCGCCUGGGGAUUCCUGAGUGCAUCUUACUAGUAACUCAAAGGAUCACCAAAUAUCCCGUGCUAUUGCAAAGAAUCUUACAGUAUACCAAAGAAAAUGAAGUGGAACAUCAAGACUUGACCCAGUCACUAAACCUGGUGAAAGACGUGAUUGCUGCGGUCAAUAGCAAGGUCAGCAACUAUGAAAAGAAAACACGCCUUUCUGAGAUUUAUACGCGGACGGACAGCAAGUCCAUCAUGAGGAUGAAGAGUGGACAGAUGUUUGCCAGAGAGGACUUGAGACGAAGGAAACUCAUCCGAGAUGGGCCUGUGUCACUGAAAAACACAGCUGGGAGACUGAAAGAGGUCCUGGCUGUCCUCCUCUCAGACACGCUGGUAUUCCUUCAGGAGAAGGACCAGAAGUAUGUCUUUGCAUCACUGGACCAGAGAUCCACUGUAAUCUCUCUGAAGAAACUGAUAGUACGAGAAGUGGCCCAUGAGGAGAAGGGUUUAUUCCUCAUCACCACAGUAGUGAAAGAUCCAGAGAUGGUAGAAAUCGAGCGUAAUAGCUGGAUACAAAUAAUUCAAGACACAAUUAACACCAUGGACAAAGAUGAAGAUGAAGGAAUCCCUAGUGAAUCAGAACUAGAAAAGAGAGUGUUGGACACCAAAGCCAGAGAAUUAAAAGAACAGCUUCAGCAGAAAGAUCAGCAAAUCCUAGCGCUGCUGGAGGAAAAGGAGAAGAUUUUCCGGGAUAUGACUGACUGUAGCAUGCAAGAGGAUAGCUCAGUCUCCAGAGUACUGUUCAGGUCCAAUACAGAGGGGGUGCAGAAAGGGAUGACCGUUAUGAAGCAUGCAAUAAAUGAGGUUGAAUAUUUGCAAAGCUUGAUCAGUAGGAAUCUAGGGAGUGCACUUGUGGCUGCUGACCUGCUGCCAAACUCUGAGCAAGAAGGGGGAGUUGGCCCCAUCUCCCUUCCUAGAAGAGCAGAAACUUUUGGAGGAUUUGACAGUCAUCAGAUGAAUGCAUCCAAGUGUGGAGAGAAGGAUGAAGGCGAUGAUGCUCAGGAUCUUCGGAGAACGGAAUCAGACAGCAUUUUGAAAAAGGGGGGGAAUGCUAAUUUAAUGUACGUGUUGAAAAGAAACAGUGAGCAGGUUCUCGAAAGCAUUACCUAUCUCCACAGCCUACUCAGCACUUUGCAGGCUGUCGUGUUGCAGCAGGACACCUAUAUUGAGGAUCAGAAGGUGAUGCUAAGCGAGAGAGCACUGAUGCGGAGCUCCUCCAGGCCAAACUCUUUGAUCGAACAGGAGAAGCAGCGGAGCCUGGAGAAGCAGCGCCAGGAGCUGGCCAACCUGCAGAAGCAGCAGGCCCAGCACCAGGAGGAGAAGCGGAGGAGAGAGAAGGAGUGGGAGGCACGAGAGAAGGAGCUGACUGAGCGAGAGACAGGGCUGGGCCAGCGAGAGGAGCAGGCACAGAAGGGGCACCAGGAGCUGGAGAAGGGGAGAGAGGAGUUGAAGCUGAAGAAGGAAGCCUACCAGCUGGAUCUGGAGCGACUCCGCACAGCACAGAAACAACUAGAGAAGGAGAAGGAGCAAUUCAAGAGAGAAGUGGAGCGAUUACCCCCAGUGCAGAUGGAGCCUGACCUCCGUCAGGCUUCAAAUCUCCCAGAUAAAACGGUGCGGAUUCCCUCCCUGCCCACGGCUGAGGACUCCAAGCAGCACAGUUUUUCCCUUUCCAAACAGGGGCACUUAGAUGCAGGAUUGUCUGUGUCACCCAAAAGGAACAGUCUCUCAAGGACACACAAAGAAAAGGGCACUUUCCACUUGCUUAGCACAACGAACCAGACUAACAAGGCGGCCGAGGGGCAACAGCCCGCCCGCCUCUUCAGUUUAGCCAAACCAAAGGAGAAGAAGGAAAAGAAGAAAAAGGGCAAAGGACAGCGCUCCCAACCUGCUGAUGCUCAUUCAUCAGAAGCACCACCAGAGGGCGAAGAGAUCUUCUGCUGAAAGGCUGCUCUUAAUUCGGCGGGGAGAAAGCCUCCGCCCUCGCUGUACUGUGUUAGAAACUGUACAGGCAUCUGAUGGGGCCAGCACACAAGCAACUCUCCCUCUGCACAGUGAUUCUUCCAGCCUUUGUACAGUGGAACCCUUCCCUCCCACACUUUGUGGCGCACUCCUGGCUUCUGCACCCGACCGGCAAUCUAUUCAAUAAAACAUUAGUAAAGGCUGCAUGGGGUAGGAAAGGGGCUCUGUCCUUUCGUUUUGCAUCCGUUCUGGCUGCAGAGGCUGACCACAUUGCAAAAAGAACCCACUCCGGGUGCAAAUCUUGGUUUAAAGUAGGAAUAGAUGUUCCCGAUCUCUUCAUACUGCCAAAGGAUGAGCAAAUAUGGCCCAUGGGGUCUGUGCCUCUAGAUUCUCCUUUUCGGGGGGAUACAACCAAAACCAAGCAUUUAGAAAAAAGCCAGGACUCUGCAAAUGGUGCAUACACACUGGCAUAUAUAAAUAGACAACUCUACGGUUUAUGUAUCCACUGGGAUAUGCUUACAGUCUAUAUAGUCUGGGUUAGUUUAGCUCUGCCCAAGGAUACCUGAUAACUUUCAGGGAGCCUGUAGAUAUUAAAUAUCUUGGCCUUAAUGCUCAGAGUGUAUCUUUAUUGGCCUAUAUGCCCCUUUCAGUCACAUUGUAUGGUACAUGCUUUGUUUCAGAAAGGUACCAAACACUAGGCAGUGUUAAAAAAAAAAAAAUCAAUCUGAAUUUAUCAAGGAUUUCUGUAGGGCAAAGAAAUUAAAACUUAAUCGGUUUCCAGCACUAACCAUAAAGUCUUUGUGUUAAAAACAUGUUCCACAAGGAGAAAAGUACUUGAGAAGUAAUCCCAGGGAGCCAGGACAGACUGUGUUAAAGUGACAUCUCAUUUUCAGUGUGUCUAUGGGUUACUGCUUAUUCCCUCCUCUUUCUGAGCAAGCCUUUCUUUGUCACGUUACAUUUCUCCAGCACAACGUCAUUUGGGAUGAACACUGUUUUGUUACAAAUUCACUGACCCAUCCUAAGAACAUUUGAGAACCUUCCAUUUGGGGGUCAAGUUUUUUAAUCCACUGCCUGUCAUUUUCUUUCCCUGGUGUUUUUUAGCCAUGUCAUUUGCAUGAUCACUGGGCUUCUGUUUCUCCAGAUUCCAUCAGCUCCUGUAGCUCAUUCCUAACCCGAAGCAAUGUCAUAGAAAAUCCCAGAGCUCUCAGACAAGAUGGCAGAGGGUUUGUAACCUGAGGAGGGGAAUAACUUGUGUGAGCAGAUGAACUGGAAGGAACAUAGAGUCCAGUAUUUAUGCCUGUACGUUGCUGUGUCCCCUAGUGGGCUGAUCGUUGUAUUGCAGGUCAGGAGUUCCAGAGUCCUGGUCUCCGUACCCUCAUGGGUUCACUGUGUGCCUCUCCGUCUCCGUUUCUCCAUCUGGAAAGUCGCAGUCGUCUUAGUUCCCUGUGAGAAUUAGCGGUUGUGCCCCAGUGCGGCAUGUUAUACACCUGCUAAGUAUGGUGGUAAAGUGUGAAGAGCAAGGGUGAUAGUUGUGCAGAGCUGCAGUGUUUCUGAAUUCAUUGGUCUUUCCACACACCUCAGGAGAUUUGCCUGUAAGCUGAUGUGUAAAUGUCAUGAGACUCUCCACUUCAGUCCCUUGAGCUGUUUCAAGCUGUCAUAUUCAUUUCUUUUCCCUCAGAUACUCCUUUUUUAGAAUAUUUUUGCACUAUGUUUUGAUUCUUAUUUGCUUUGUAUCCCUCCACGAGCUAGUUCCAUGCAGUAGAUUUCAGAAUUAGUGCUAACAUUUUUAAUAAUGAGCAGCAGUAGCAAUGACGGCAAUAUGGGUGCUUAGAUCGCUCUGUCUCAAUCAGCGGGGGAUUCCUGAAUAGCCUGCUUGCUUUUGAAGCUCUCUAAACAAUUCAUACUCAAAAACAAAACAAAAACAAGUAAGCUGCAUUCUGAGGUUAUAUUUUUGUUUUGUUUUUAAAAAUAGUAUCUGGUGCUUGUUUGUUGCAAGCUGGGCUUGCAGAAUAUUUAUCUUUCUGUUUAUUUGAAAGAGGUCUGGUUUAAAAAAUUAUUUUGUUUUAUUUUUUUAUUUGUAUCUUUUUUUUUUUAAAGAUGAGCUUGAUAGCCCAACAGUUUUAUUUUGUCGUGGCUUCGUACAAAACCAGGGUGUGUUCAGUGCUGCAUGGCAGCCUGUGUCCUGCCUGAAAAUCGGAAAAAUACAAGGAAUUCCAUCUAUCUUUGAGGCAAAGUUAUCUCCGGGACAGAUAAAACAAAUUAGGAAGAGAAGCAGUGGUUUCACUCAGGAGCCUUGCUGGCCUUUUGUUUCCUUGUUUAAAUAGAUUUGUGUUGUGUAUUCCCACCCCUUUUUGGGGCAAAGUAAAUUUUGCCCUUGAUGCAAGGGCCAGAUUCCCUGCCCUCUAAAAUCAAUGUACAUCUUUCCAUUGACUUCAGUUAGCAUUCGUUCCUACUAAGAAAUAGGAAAAAAGAGCCACAGUUAGCCCUGAUCAUUGCCUGCGUGUGAAACCAAUCCAGUAUAUGGCAUGGCGACAGACUUUCCCCACUAGUAUUUUUGAAGGAUCCCAUUUAGCUUGUAGGAGCGUUUUCCCACAUGAGUCCUUUCUUCUGCUCAAGUGAUACAUCUCCUGUUCCCAGAAUCAGCACUUCAUGAACUUAUAAAAUAGCUCGUGUGAAUCAAGGCACAUCUGCUGAGGGCAGUGGGGAUGAAACAUUGUCUGAACUGGUCUUCUCUAACUCUAUUGUAAAUAGAACUGCAUUCAAUACACUGGCUAAGCUAGACUGCAUUGCACCAAGCAACUAGCUGCCCAUGUUCCCAGUUGUCCCUUGCCAAAGGCAUCACUUACCAAAAUGGUUUGUGUUGGUUUUGUGGUGGACAGAAACCCUUUCUCAUUGGUGGAUGUAAACUGCUGCCUGAUUUGAUUAUUUUAGAUUGAACCCUAUAGUCCCAUCCUCUUCUUUCCUCCAUUUUCUUUCAUUUUAGGAAAUGGAAGGUUUAUUUUUGUAGCCAUUUUGCUCAGUUUUCCUUGAAAGGUUGGAAUUGAACCCUAGAGAUGGACUCCCACUCUCAGAUGUGCAGAUUAUCUAGUAUUACCCAGAGGGUGCAUAAUCCCAGGGAUAGUGUUAAGUGGGUCUGUUACUUGUCUUAAGUUUUGUGACACCAUUUUUUUUUCCUUUCCUGGUCUUCAUGAAUGAAUGAUGUUGGUUUCACUUCCAUGUGUGGCAUCUAACGCUGUUUGGAGAGUGCACUUUAUUUCUUAGAGAGAACCUGACAUCCCACUGGAUUUCUGGGGUAUGGGUCCUAUCAGAAGUCACCUGCUAAGCAUUGUGCUUCUGCUGUGCAGGACAGCCAGGUUUGGGGGGAACUGCGUUGAUUCUAUUCUGUGAGGCAGGGAGAAGAGGAAUUAGCAAGGAGCUGCUGUGGAUGUGCUGCCUUUGCUAGUCAUCAUUGGUGGGAGUGUCCCAUCUUACGCCUCUGGCAGGCCUUGGCAUGGUCACUUACUGCACAGUAGAAGGAGCGCUAGUGAACAGCAUAGUGAAGGAUGACUUUCACUUCUGGUCACACACGUAAUAGGUGAUCAGACUGCAGAUCUAGUCAGUGUUCUCUAGAAUCAAAGGGAUUGAGUGGGAUUUGAUGUCACCAUGUUUUAAAUUAAGUGAUUAUCUCAGGAUAUCAUUUCCUGUGUUCAGUGCCUAAAAGUGCUUUAAAUGGAAUCCGUCUCAUCAUUUCCUUGCUGCUUUUUGGUUAUAUUGAGACAAUCAGACUGAUAAUUGUUUCCCCUCCCCAUCUCCGAUACAAUCUGGGGAGGGGCUUAGAAGUUACAAAAUAUUUCAGUACGAGGUCUUUGAAGAGAUUUAGGGGUCAUGAUGUGGCAGGAAGUUUCCAUAUUAUUAUUUUUUUAGCCCAAAGUUCAGAAAGUAUGAAUUUUACCACUGUAAAUGUAGCAAGCGCAGAGUCCUCCACCUUCCUCUCCUUAUGAGAUUCAUCUGUUACUCAGCCUUUCGGUCAGUCCCUUCUGAAAUCUAGCCCAUCUCCCCAGCCUGGAAGACUCAUCUUACCUGUGAUGCUAGAGGAAAAUCAAGAGUAGCAGUGCGGGCUGGGGUAAGGGCCUGAGGGAUUCGCUUGCUCCUGGGUAACCGGAGACUUAGCAUCAGCAUUGAUAUCCCCUCCCUGGCAAAAAGAGAGAAUGCUGAGUAAAGAGUGACAGUCCAUUGAUGUCCUCAUAGAGCAAAAGGAGGUUGAAAGUUGGAAAAAGGAGUGAUGGCUGUAGCCAAUGAGUGCCGGGCAGUGAGGCUAUUUGCAUAUGCUAGGCUACUUACUAUACAAUACAACCAUGGUCCUUUCUGGCUAUGUCUCUGGGAGGGGACCACUUGCUUUCAGUUGCGAUGGCCGGAGCUCUUCACUACAGAUAGCGCUUGAAGUCUGACCACAGGUCUAAAUUUAGAUGGGACUGAUUUAUAUUUUCUUUCACGGGUAUUUGUAGAGUCUUGUAAUCUCCACAACUUCUUAGUGUUCCCAAAACACCCCAAAGCUUUUACUGAUCUGGUCCACUAUGCUAGAGAUCUGUGAAGGCAUCAGGUUAGGGAGAGUGUGGUGGGUGCCUAAUCUAUGGCAGUUGUCUGGAUUAGCUAGAUAUCUAAGGAGAGCAGGACAAGGAAAGACUGGUCAAAGGCGGCAACAAAGGAUUUGAUGACCUGUUUAAACUUAGCAUAACAUUCCUUGUUAACCAGAACUCUGGAAACUACUCUACCUGCUGGCCAGGUUUGUAACUUACAAUAAUUUAAAUUAACCUAUGAAAUACAUCAUCCUGAAGUGCUCAUAAUUCAUUUGUCAGAAGUGGCAGCAAUCCUUGAUUAGUCCUUUUAUCCAGUGAUCACGCUAAGUUUUAAAGAUAGGCAAGCUGAACUGGUUUAGUCUUUUACUUCUCAUGCUCUUGAGUAAUCGGAAGACCACUAUCACUAUACCUUUUAGGGUCUCGUUGCCUUUCCCCUGCACUUGCACUUCACCGAUAUUGAAGCUAUACCCUAAAAUAUUCUGCUUCCAUUGCCUGGAAGGAAAAGAGGAUGUUGUUCGCUGCUUUGCAUUCAGCAGUAAGCUUUGGAUGUAUUUUUAAGCAUCUACAGCUAUCGAACACAUCCACACGCUUAUGUAUUUUUAACUUUAUUGAUGAUGAACACUGACUCAGAACAUCGAUGUCCAGUUCAAGUUGCCUAUGGUUAAAGUUUAGCCUCGCGUUUAUUUUGUACUAAUAUGGAAUGCACUAGCGCAAUCCAGAGAAUGUUGAGGGUGUGUGUUAACACUCAAUACCUCUGCCGCCAGCUCUCGGGUUUUUUUAAAUGCUUUGCAUUGUUUCAUGUUGAAUCUGUAAGAUAAAAAAAAGUUAAAUGUUAAAAAAUAAAAUUUAAAACGAGGGUAAAACAUUUGCUGUCUGUUAAUUUGUAAUUAUGUAAAAAGUGAGCAGGUUAUUGACUGUAAAAUUCUUCAAUUUUUCUGUAAGUUUCCUGAAAACAUCAGGUUUUGUAACAAGCUUUUAUUUAUCUUCCUUUCUAGUUAGCAGCAGCACCCUCUUGUAAAGUCAUUUUUCCUCUAAAUAAAUUUGAUUUUAAGUCUGAACUCUGUGUCUGAUGUAC